AGUGGCUGCGGAAGGUGACGUGGACACGGAAGUGGUCGUCGUCGCGGCGGCACCGGUGGGAGCGAGGCGCGGGGCUCCGAGUGCGGCCAGCGGGCGGACGGGCGGCGGCGGUCUCGCACCGGCUACGGCGGAGAGCGCAGGCACUGUCGGUUGGGUGAGAGUACGCUGAACCGACAAGCGGCUUUUUUAGCUCCUUUCCCUGCCCGUCGGAACCCCGGAGCCGGGGCCCGCUCAGCCGGCGUCACCAUGACCAAGGCCGGUAGCAAGGGCGGGAACCUCCGCGACAAGCUGGACGGCAACGAACUGGACCUGAGCCUCAGCGACUUGAAUGAGGUCCCCGUCAAGGAGCUGGCUGCCCUUCCAAAGGCCACCAUACUGGAUCUGUCUUGCAAUAAACUGAGUACUCUACCGUCGGAUUUCUGUGGCCUCACACACCUGGUGAAGCUAGACCUGAGUAAGAACAAGCUGCAGCAGCUGCCAGCAGACUUUGGCCGUCUGGUAAACCUCCAGCACUUGGAUCUUCUCAAGAACAGGCUGGUCACCCUCCCUGUCAGCUUUGCUCAACUCAAGAACCUGAAGUGGCUAGACCUGAAGGAUAACCCCCUGGAUCCUGUCCUGGCCAAGGUGGCAGGCGACUGCUUGGAUGAGAAGCAGUGUAAGCAGUGUGCAAACAAGGUGUUACAGCACAUGAAGGCCGUGCAGGCGGAUCAGGAGCGAGAGAGGCAGCGGCGGCUGGAAGUGGAACGAGAGGCAGAAAAGAAGCGUGAGGCCAAGCAGCGAGCUAAGGAAGCUCAGGAACGGGAACUGCGGAAGCGGGAGAAGGCAGAAGAGAAGGAGCGUCGGAGAAAGGAGUAUGAUGCCCUCAAAGCAGCCAAGCGGGAGCAGGAGAAGAAACCUAAGAAGGAAACAAAUCAGGCCCCGAAAUCUAAGUCUGGCUCCCGUCCCCGCAAGCCACCUCCCCGGAAGCACACUCGAUCCUGGGCCGUGCUGAAGCUGCUGCUGCCGCUGCUGCUGUUAUGUGUGGCAGGUGGGCUGGUUGCUUGUCGGGUGACAGAGCUACAGCAACAGCCCCUCUGCACCAGUGUGAACACCAUCUAUGACAACGCCGUCCAGGGUCUACGCCGCCAUGAGAUCUUCCAGUGGGUCCUCCAGACCGACUCUCAGCAGUGAGCUUGUCCUCAGUACCUGCUGCCUCCCAGCCUUGGAGCUUGGAUUCCUAUGGAAUUGGGUUCUGCUGGACACAACCUCUUUUUAGCAUCAGACCUACCUGCCACCAUCAAAUGGCUGCUGAUUGGUACUUGAGACCUCCUCUUCGUAGGACUUCUCUGUUCCUUAGUCAGGGUUCCCUGGUGGAAUGAGGAGAAAUGGGAGGUGGGGGGAACAGUUAUCUGCAUGCCUAAAGGAAUAGGCUUGGGGAUGGGGAGAGAGAAAACAUAGCCUUUUCUAGUUGUUAUACAAAGCUGUGUAAAGGCAAGGCUCGUUUCUACUAAAUGGUCAGCUGUUACUACAUUUAUACUUUUGUAUGUCACAAACCCUUUCAUUCCUCCCUGGGUAACCAGGGCAGAUCAGGAGGAAGUGUUACUGGGGACUGGGGGUACACCACACUCAGCAAAUCCAGCGUAAAUUGGGGGGAGGGUAUACCUAUUUUCUGAAGGACUUCAGAAACUUAAACAUUUUAAGAACCACAGAAAAUAUCUGGCUGUCAAAGGGACUUCACGGCCAUCCAGUCCAAUAUAACAUUUGCAGACAGAAAAAUGGAGGCCUUCCAUGACUUGCCUAUAGUCUCCCAGCUAGUUUCAGGCAGAACUAGAUCCCACUCUGAUAUUCUUUCUUUCCUUUACAUCAUUAUGCCACCUUUAUGAUGUCCUGAGAACAGAACUCACACCAGAAUUGAAUAUGUCUCAGCCAAAGUAUAGAAUCUUUCAUGGUAGAUAGACUCAAGACUCACAAGUAGAAAUCUCAUGCCACCAGGGUAAGGCAGCUCCUAUGGAGUCCUGCCUCAACUUAUGUGGCUUCCAUAGAAUGGCAGCAGUCCAGGCACCUUGCCUCAAUUUUAGAGCAUUAAUCCCAUAUUGCCAGUAAGCUGGGAGGUGGAUCUCUGCAAAGCCACAUUGUCUGACAGCUCUGUUAGUACUUGGUGUGACUAAAUACGUCAAAGGCAUCCUGCUUUUGCAGGAUUUGAAGUAUCAGCUGGUUGCUUCACAGACACUGAGGUUCAGAAUUAUUUGAUUCUAGACAAUAACUGAGGGGAGUGAAUGAAGGGAGACAAGUAGUAUCAUGGAGCUGAAAAGCAGUGCAUCAGCACAAGUAAGGGCAGUACUGGCCAUCCUCCUGUCUGCUAGAUUAAGCAUUUCCUUGCUUCCUUUUCCUCAUUUUUUGACAACAGCUGGAUGGAGGGAUCAGACAUGAUUGUGUCUUGGUGCUCAUUCACUGAAAACUCCCAGUUGCAAGCUCCUUGCCUCUCCCUGGAAGGAGCAAGAACCUGUCAUAGUUCAGAGACAAAGAGAGCAGGGUCCAGCCAUUUAGCCCUAGUGGCCCCUUUGGCUAGGCCUGCUGAGUACUCAUGACCGUCCUGAUACUGGAAGAAAGGACUUUGUUAAUCUUCUCCCCCAAGGAUAGUUCUGCUGCCUAUGUCCAUACCUUACUCAGAAAUCACUACACAUUCCUUUAGUCUUCCUCCAAGCUCCAGAGCCAUUGAUAUAAAUGCUUUAUUGAAACUAAAUACAUAAUACAUAAGAUGAGAUUAAGACAAUAUAGAAGUCAGCAUAACCAUCAUACCCUGCUCCUUGGCUGGUUGAGGCAUCUCAGUGGCUGAGCCUAGUCACGACGCCAACCCACAGGCGAUAGUUCACUCAUGACUUCAAGAUUUGAUGAUGAUUCUUUUGGAUUUCUACAAUUAUUAAAUAUAUGUCUGAGUGGUC